GGUGGCGUCAGGACGCGACUACGCAGCUGAGAGUCACAUGAGGCGUUUCAUAAAUGCAAAUACUUUAAUGAACCGUAUUCUGUCCUUUUGCGGUGAAAAUUCUUACAACUAAAUUUGAAAGUGCACUUUAAUCUUCAGCGAUCCAACAUGGACGAGGACGGGCUGCCCAUUGUGGGGUCUGGAGUCGACCUCACCAAGGUUCCUGCGAUACAGCAGAGAAGAAUUGUUGCCUAUCUCAAUCAGUUUGUCGCACACACAGUCCGCUUCCUUAACCGCUUUUCCACAGUGUGUGAAGAGAAACUUGCAAACAUAUCUCUUCGCAUACAGCAGAUAGAAACCACCCUGUGCAUUUUGGAGGCCAAGUUGUCGUCCAUUCCUGGACUGGAGGAUGUCACAAUUGAAGGACUCGGUCAGCAGCAGACUGCACAGGCCAAUGGGCCCAUCAACCCCAGUCAGAGCCAAACAGAGAGCCCAGCAGCAGGGCCUCAUCAAGAGCCUGCUCAGACUACACCAGAAGCUUCAGCGAUGCAAAAAGCAGAAGCGGCUGCAGAGAACGUCAUGACAGUGGCCAAAGACCCGCGUUAUGCCCGAUACCUGAAAAUGGUUCAAGUGGGGGUUCCAGUGAUGGCCAUCAGGAAUAAAAUGGUCAUGGAGGGUUUGGAUCCUAACCUGCUUGACACACCGGACGCCCCCGUGCCCGACGGUGGAGCGAAGAACUCGGAGGACCAAGAUGCUGCUGCCAACAGCUCUGAUAGUGAAUCAUCCUUUAGUGACUGAGAUCGCUCAUUUGUCCUCAACACUGCAAAGCUUCCUCAUCCAUCGCCAUCUGUGCUUCUUUAGGCCUGCAGCAAAGAAGGGUACGAGGUGGCUGUAAAGGGCUACGAGUGAGGGGGUGUGAAUGUAGGUGCCUAAAACAGGAAAUCCAGCCUGAGUGAUUGUAGUUUCAGUUUAAGAGCUGAAGUGGUUUUCCUGUUUGGUCAGUGACCUUGAUUUUGAUAAAUAAUUAGUGUUUUUUUCUUCUUUUUUUUUUUUAAAUAAAUGACUCUUUAGCAAGAACAAAUCAUUUUUUUCUCUUACUUAUAUAAGCAGCAGUCAGAAGAUGACAGUAGCAAGUGUUUUAACAAAACCAAACCAUAUCACACAGAGGUCUUCUGUGGUAGUGGCACCACUGUCUCAGUCUGUUGCAUGAAAUGGUGCAUUCACACCAACUGUAAAGAAUACAAUCGCACUGGAAACCCUCAAAUAUUCGCCCCCAGCAGCCAGCAGGAUGAGGCAGAGUGGAACCGAUGGCUGGACUCAAGUUACAGUAACAUGAUUUUAGAACGUAACUUAGGGUCCUACAAUUUUGCUGACGUUCCUCUAAACCUUCUUCUUUUUUUUUUUUUUUUUUUUUUUUUUUCUUUCAGCAUAAACUGUUUAUCUGUAUGUAAUUUGCAUUUCGUGUGAACGCACCGUAACAGUUAAACUCAUUACUUUAUAUUUCUGUCUUUUUGUUCCAGGAAGGAACAAUAAAUAGGAAGGAAAUGUUAUUGUUGGUCAUCUGCAUAUUGAAUAUGUCCGUGUGUGUCUGUGUGUAUUUGUAGCUGGCGUUCAGGAGUAAAUCGGCUCUUGGAUCUCUCACAGAAUGCUUGAAAUAUGUGUUUUCUCUUUAUUUUUGAACAACUGAAUCUGUUUAAUUAUUUAAAAAAAAAAAAGAAUUAGAGGUGUAACAAUUCUGAAACAGACUGAAACUUUACAUAU